GUCUCACCUUUCCUUUUCCUUCCAACGCCUAACUUUUUUCGUUCUCAAAAGCCAAUAAUAUUUAUCCAAAAGCAAAAUGUCUAGUGACGAACUCGAUAUCGAUAUUAAAGAACAAGAUCGCUUCCUUCCAAUCGCAAAUGUUGCACGUAUAAUGAAGAAGGCUUUACCAGAGAAUGCAAAGAUCGCUAAAGAAGCAAAAGAAUGCGUGCAAGAAUGCGUUUCAGAAUUCAUCUCUUUUAUCACCAGUGAAGCAAGUGAUCGCUGUCAGCAGGAAAAGAGAAAAACCAUCAAUGGCGAAGAUAUUUUGUGGGCUAUGCAAUCACUCGGCUUUGAAAAUUAUACUGAGGCAUUAAAGAUUUAUCUUGCAAAAUACCGUGAAGUAAGUCACUCUGGCGUCAUAUAA